AAAAGAAAAAUCGUGUGUUUGUUUAUAUUUCAAAAUGCGAAAUAGUACUUUUAAUUCGUAUCUGAAGUGUGUACAUUGUUUAAAUUGUUUGUCGCGUGUUCGAAAUGUUUCAUUUUAUCAUCGGUAUAUUUUAAAUAACUGUAGACCAUCAAAUGUGUCUUGUUUCUCCCUACUUCGAUGGAAGUCGGGAAAAGAUGACCUUUCAUCAAUAGUAAUACCAGUUCCAGUAACUCCAGCCAACAAUUCCGAUGACAUCAAUAUUGGUGAAGAACUCUCCAAGAAAAUUAAUAAAGAUGACAUAUUAAGAAUCAUAAACCAAUUUUACAAACAACCUGAAGUAACCAUACAAGCAGCAGAAAGUGGACUAGAUUCGAAAUUAUUUCAUCGAGCUGCUAUUAGCUUCAGAAAAUUUUGUAUUGAAUCUGAAUGCUUGCCGGUUGACUUACAUAUAGUAUUUAGUGAUAUUCUACAAGAUGCAGGACAUGUCCAUGACCUUCUUCCUUACUUUCUUGAACAUGCAAAAAAAAUUUUCCCUCACUUAGAAUGCAUGGAUGAACUGAAACAAAUUAGUGAUCUUAGACAACCAGCAAAUUGGGACUAA